CACCCAUUGGCUCGACCUACCGAACUGGGUCCACUCGAGGUCAUCGUUUUGUGGCAACAACAUGGAGGUGUUGAGAAAAGGUUUGACAGGAGUUAGCUCCCUUGUACAAAGGAGUCAUGUGAUUCGACGUGGCACUGCAACUUUGUCUGCUACCAGAGAUCUGUUAGAGCAAGAGUUGGAAGGCAUCAGGGAUGCAGGCACAUGGAAAUCGGAGCGCGUCAUCACUUCUCGUCAGGGAUCUGCCAUCCAGGUUCAGGGCCAGUCAAGUAAUAUCCUCAACUUCUGUGCCAAUAAUUACUUAGGACUGUCGGGUCACCCAGAGGUCAUUGAAGCUGGCAAGAAAGCUCUAGAGUCUCAUGGUGCUGGUCUCAGCUCCGUCCGAUUCAUAUGUGGAACACAGGAUAUCCACAAAGACCUUGAAGCUAAGAUUGCAAAGUUCCAUGGCAAGGAAGAUGCCAUUUUGUACAUCAGCUGUUUUGAUGCCAAUGCUGGCAUCUUUGAGGUGCUGUUGUCGCCUGAAGAUGCCGCCAUUUCAGACGAACUGAAUCAUGCCUCCAUCAUCGACGGCAUCCGCCUCUGUAAGGCACAGAGACAUCGCUACAAGCACAGGGACCUCAAGGAUCUUGAGAGCCAGCUUCAAGACACCCAGAAGCUUCGCCAACGGUUAAUCAUCACUGACGGUGUCUUCAGCAUGGACGGAAACGUCGCACCUCUGCCAGACAUCUGUGACCUUGCUGACAAGUACAAGGCCAUGGUGUUUGUGGAUGAAUGCCACGCCACUGGCUUCUUUGGCAAGACAGGCAGAGGGACAGAGGAGUAUUUCAACCUGAACAACCGAGUAGACAUAAUCAACUCAACUUUGGGCAAAGCUCUAGGAGGAGCAGCAGGUGGCUACACUACGGGUCCAAAGCAGUUGAUCGACCUCCUGCGCCAGAGGUCGCGACCAUACCUGUUCUCCAACACUCUGCCACCACCAGUAGUGGCCUGUGCCAGCAAGGCUUUGGAUCUGAUCAUGGCUAACACUGACCUCCCACAGAAAGUGCUGACCAACACCAACAGGUUCCGAUCCAGGAUGAUGGAUGCAGGAUUCAACGUUGCAGGAGACCCAGACCAUCCCAUCUGUCCGGUGAUGCUUGGUGAUGCCAGAUUGGCCAGUAACUUUGCUGAUCAGAUGCUGGAUCGAGGUAUCUACGUUAUUGGGUUCAGCUUCCCAGUUGUACCCAAAGGAAAGGCAAGGAUCCGAGUUCAGAUUUCUGCCUCACACAGUGAGCAAGACAUUGACAGGGCAGUAGAUGCCUUCAUUGACAUCGGCAGAAAACUCAACGUUGUGCAGUGAAAGUCUCACACACAUAUCUCAGAGGAUUGGUCAAAUGUUCUAUGGUUAAGGUAUCUAACUGUCCUAUUCUAUUCACAAACUACAAUAUAAUUAAAUACUGCCAGUACAUAAUGCUUUGGGCACACUAUGUUCUUCUAAACUUUCUGUGUAACUCCCAGAAGUCCAAACCUCCCUACACUUGCAUGACGCCAACUGUACAGUUGACUAUUGUUGAAGCAAAGUGCAGGGUUGGAAUUACUAGGCUAUGACAUGUGUUGCAUGACAAAUAUUGCAGAUGUAAUCUCAUUUUAUAGGCUGAUACGUCGAUGUUGACUCAUCUCUGUUGGCUAAAUAUGAUGUAGGAGGAAGGGAAGGGUGUCAAUGAUAAGCCUCCUUGUGCAGUCCUUGGCAAGACUGGCAUGCAGGCAAGGGAGAUUAUGAUUUUACGCCUAUUUAACACCAUUCCAGCAAUAAUAUAACAUGGGGCCAAACAUGGGUUUCACACAUUGUACCCAUGUGGGGAAUCGAACCAGUGUCUUCGGUGUGACUAGCAAACACUUUAACCACUAGGCUACCCCACCACGUUGUCCAGGUAUGAAUGGUUGGUGAGGGGAAUAAUUGACCAUAAAUAAUUAUUACAUUUGUUCCUUUGAAACACCAAGACCAACUAGUAAUUUUGGUGGGGCGGUGGGGUAGCCUAGUGGUUAAAGCGUUGGCUCGUCACGCCGAGGACCCAGGUUCGAAUCCCCACAUGGGUA